CAGAGGGGGCGAGGAAUCCGUCAACAUGGCGGCUUUCGUCCAUCAUGCAAACCGUCCUCUGAAAAGACCGAGAUUAGGGGCCCCAGAUGUCUACCCACAGGAAGCAAAACAGAAGGAAGACGAGCUGACGGCUACAAACGUAAAGCAAGGUUUCAUAUUCAACAACCUACCCACAUGUCAAGAUGAGUAUGGCACUGCAAGGACCAGCCACAUCAACCCAAACAAGUUUGGUGCCUGCUUCAGCACUAUGGUUGCAGAGAAGCAGAAAGUCAACACCUUUCAAGACUCGGGAAAGAAGAAAAUACAGAUCUCGAAAGACAACUACUGGCUGGUCACACAAACAACCAAGUCUAAAGCAGCAAUACAGGCGUGGUUUCAGGAUCUGGCUGGAAGUAAACCACUUCAAUAUCUGGCUAAAAGGGUACCACAAUUUAACAAGAAAGAUGAAAUCUUUGUUACGUUAUACGAUUAUGGAGUCCCAAUGAUUAGAGCCACAUGGUUUCUUAAGAUGACAGCUGCUUACUCUGCCGCCAUGUCUGAGACAAAAAUGAAGAAGCGAGCUCCGAAUGAUCCCUCACAAGACUGGUGUCAGCUGUUGAACAAGUUCUUACGAGAUCAACUGGCAAAGAUCAUCGAGUAUCACCACACCCUGGCCGCCACCCAGUCAGCUGCCCUGUCUGGCGCCCUCCCAGGCCUGGGGCCCCUCCCCGCCGCUCAGUCCAGUCUACCCCCAGAGAUUGAACACGCGUUGAACCUGUGGCAAUAUAACUGCAAGUUGGUCAGGUACCUCUAUCAGGAGGGAAUGUUAGAAUGUCACGAGUUUCUAUCGUGGCUCGUUGACAUCACAGAGAAAGUGAGACCACAUGAUGACAACACAUUCAGAAUAGUGCUGCCCUUCUGUCUCCAGUUUCUUGAGGAGUUUGUAAAGAGUCAGAUGUUGUCUCGUCGCCUGGCGUAUAUGUGCGUCCGUCGCCUCACGGCGAUGUGUAACGAUGCGACAUGCGCAGCGGCCCAGCCAGCACCCUCUCCCCACAUGGUCACCUCUCCAUCAAGCGUUACUAUGCCGACCAGCCAGCCUACCCAGCAACAGCCACUGGCGGCCAUCUUUGCAGAGUACACCUCUUGCCCCCAGCACCGUCCAAUCAUCGUUGGUCUGAGCCUGAUCCUACAGACGAUCACGUUACGCUGUCCUAGCGCCCUCGUGUGGAUCAACAUAGGAGAGGGAAAAAGCGCUGGUUCCCCGGGAUCACCGUUGGAUAUUCUUCCCUGCGCUCCGAGCAGCUUGCCACUCCCUGGUCCCCCUACUAUGCAGAACCAUCAUAUCCGAGCAUCAAUUCGGAAUGCUGAGCAUCAGAUUAAAAUGAGAAGCCGGGCAGCGGAAGUGAGGUGGUCAUCUGAUAAAUGUCAAGAGUCAACAACAGAAUCCAAGAUGAGCGCCCCCUGUUACUAUGGCAACACCCCCGAAAUAACCAUGUAUAACCUCCGAGGUCACACUAUAAGUCGAGUUCUACAUGUUCUGGAGUUGUUGGACAGACACUGUUUUGAUCGCUGUGAUUCCUGUAACUGCCUCGAUUCGUUGUACAACAAAAUCUUCAACGCCCCGCAGAACAAAGAUGGCUCAGAGUUGCCAAUGAGUGAUGACCCGAUCAUCCUCCUGUUGUGUGAAUGGGCGGUGUGUUCAGAACGCAACGGUGAACAUCGAGCCCUGGUAGUCGCUCAACUCUUAGAAAAACGGGUGAUUGAUUUGGAGAGCGAGCAAAAGGUAGACAGUGAAGAGAAGGAGUCUAUGUCGACUGUGUCCCUCCUGCCUGGAGCUACUCCGCUGUUCCAGGGUCUCCUUACACACUUCUUGGACACUCAAGCUCCCGUCUUUGUUGACGAGAGCAUAUCCAGUGAAGACCGGCGGGCCUUCGCCAAUCUUGUCCUCCUCUUCAGCGAGUUGAUUCGCUGCGACGUCUUCUCCCAUGAUGCCUACAUGUGUACGCUCAUUUCGCGCGGGGACCUGACGACAAGCCCCCCUCCUCUAGUCAGUGAACCACCGCCCUCGAGCGAAAGGAUGGACAUCGAUCCUGAGAAACGGACGCCGUCUGAAAUCAAAGAAGAGCCCAAGGACAUGGAUGACAUUGAGAUCAAGCAGGAGCCCGAGGAAAAAGAUUCCGACGAUGACUCCGACGACGAGACCAAACCAAGCGGGAUCCAGAAAAAAGAAUCCGUCUCCUUCCAAGAGAAGUUCCUAGAAGCCAUCCAGUCCAACAAGCUCACCGCUGAGAGGGACUUCUUCGACGACGAGAAAGAGGACCGCAAGAAAGGCUUUCGAGAGAGCUCCACGCCAUCCCCGCACCAAUCCAAACCCAACAGACACCUCAUGUAUGCCAUGCAUUUCCCGAUCCCGCAGGACGAGAUGUCCGCUCACGAGUGCAACCAGCGUCUGGUGCUCCUGUACGGCUUCGGGAAAGCCCGCGACGAGGCCCGGCAUACCGUCAAACGUAUCCAGCGAGAGACCCUCCGGGCUCUCGGAAGCAAGAAGGAGACCCCAGGUAAGAGCGACAGCAAAACAAAGCACAUCAAAACAGAGGGACAACAGCCUGUAAAUCUGGAACAAGUUGUCGAACGAUACAGGACGUUGUCGUAUUUCGACCAGCACAUGGUCACAGCCGCAUGCGCGUCGCACGUCCUGGAACAGAUCCAAAGCUGCUCGCAGGGUUCGUUGGAGAAUCUCCCGUUAGUGGAGCAGAUAACGCUGGUGUUUGAGCUCAUGGAGAGCGCCCUCAACAUUCACGGUCUGUUGGACUUCUCGGUGCAGUUGUUGAACUACAUGAGUAUUGUGGAGAUGGAGUUGACGCAGAAGUCGUCGCCUCUGGCUGGGAACUAUACUCCUAAUCUCUGCCUGUCGAUUGUGGCGGUUUUAAGGAGAUACCAGGCGUGUUUACUCGUGUCUCAGGAACAAACAGCCACCGUCUUUGAGCUGCUUUGCGGUGUAGUGAAGCAUGUGACUAACGUCACAGUGUGUUCAUCGGCAGAGCGAUGCAUCUUGGCUUAUCUAUACGACCUCUACACAUCUUGCAGCCAUCUCAAGGCCAAGUUUUCGGAUAUGUUCAGCAGUGUGGCCUCUAAGGUGAAGCAGACGCUGUAUACCAGCAUCCACCCAUCGGAGUCCAACCUGAUGUGGAAUCCAAAGUUUAUGCAGGAGUACAUUCUAAACUCAAGGGGUAGACAGUUUCAUCACAGUCCGUUGGGGAAACAGCUCAACGAGAGCCCAACAGACAGAUACAGCUUUGUGUGUAACGUCUUGCUCAGUAUAUGCUGCCCUACAGAUGCACAAAUGCUGAACGAUCUGUCCAUCAUGUGCGCUGAGCUGACGUCAUGUUGUAGCGCCCUCAGCUCAGAGUGGCUGGGAGUUCUAAAAGCGUUGUGUUGCUCCUCGAACCCUAGCUGUGGAUUCAAUGACAUUCUCUGUCAAGUAGAUGUGAAUGAUCUCUCCAUCCAUGACUCGGUAGCAGUCUUUGCAGCCAUAUUGAUAGCCAGACAUUGCUUUGCAUUGGAGGAUGUCGUUGAGCAUGUUGCGCUGACGUCGUUGCUCGUCGCAACUCCAUCGCUAACAGCUGGUACUCAGAUGGAAUCGGAUGCAGAGCCCGGAGCCAGACUCAUGUGUCGUCUUUUAUUACGCCUUCUCUCCACGGGUCCGUUGCCAGGCCAGUCUGAUCGGAACGGCUACUUUGUCAAAUCGUCUUGUGACCAGCAUCUUCUUGCCGCUGCCCAUCGGAGUAUCAGCGUGGAGGCGCUGGUUGGCGUCCUUAAGGCCAUUCUGUUGUUGGGUGAGGCCAGUGUUGGCGGUGGGUCCAGCGGGAACUACGACGACUUCACAGAUGACCCCAAAUCCUCUGGGUCCAUCGAGACGGCGAGCCUCAGCGAUUACGCCAAGUUCACCCUCAAGACAAUCUGCAGUCAGAGUUGGGUACGGGAAAUAUUCCUGAAGGAUCCGGACCGACUUUGGACCCAGGAGGUGCUGCUCGACCAAGUGCUGUCGCAUAAACAGGCUCACUAUCUUGUCCAAUUGAUCUGCUACCCGAGUGGUGUCUCGACGGUGACCGACAGCAACUAUGAGAAUGAGCAGAAACAUGCCAUCACUAGGAUCCUACGGAAUCUGGACCAGUGGACACUCCGAGUCUCCUGGUUGGAGCUGCAGCUCAUGCUGAAGCAGUGCGCCAACUCCGAGAUGAAUUCUCUCCUGGAUAACAUCGCCAAGGCAACCAUCGAAGUGUUCCAGCAACAGCAGGGCGACGACGGAUCGACCUCGAAGGGAGCCCUUAUUGGCCAGAAUGGACAGAGGAAAUCACUGCAACAGCAUAAGUCGGAGCUAGAGAGGUGUGGGAUCUGGCUCGUGGCUCCGCUGAUCUCCAAACUGUCCAGUCAAGUCCAGGGUCGUGUACUCCGAGCCGCCGGCAACGUCCUCGAGAGCGUUGGGCAGACGUGGUCCAAGUCCAGCAAAGAUAAAGACAAACAGAAGACUCAAAUGUCCCUGGUCAGCCACCAGCCUCUGUUGUCCUUAGUCCUGACGUGUCUUAAGGGUCAAGAUGAACAGAGAGAAGGUCUCCUUACAUCUCUCCAGACGCAGCUCACGCAGUUCCUGCAAUCUCCUAAAGAUGAUCGCUGGGAGGAUGAGCAGAGUCGACGUAUGAUGCAUGAAGCUUUGCAGCUCAGACUCAGUCUGGUUGGUAAUAUGUUUGACACCAUCCUACGCAGCCAGCAAUGGACAACAGAAUUUGCUCUUCUUCUGCUUCAGCUAAUUACAACAGGAACUGUAGACACUCACUCAAACAGCGAACUCUUCACAACGGUCCUGGAUAUGCUGUCAGUGCUCAUCAACAGCACCCUCUCCGGCGACUGCAGCGAGGGCGAGAAAGGCAGAGAACACCAGACUCUCAUCAAAAAACUCAAGAAGGAACUCGGUGACAAACACUCGUACGAUAUCGACAGGGUCAGACAGCUUCUCCCGGUGCCCAAGAAAACGUGUGAUGUGGUGACCGUGGAACCCAUGGGGAGUCUUAUCGACACCAAAGGGAAUAAGAUUGCUGGAUUUGAUUCUAUCGAUAAGAAACAGGGUCUCCAAGUUGCCUCCAAGCAGAAGAUCAACCCCUGGGAUACCUUAGAGGCCUUCAAGAACCCCGCCCCGCUCUCUUGGUCCUUCUUCGGAGCGGUCCGCAUGGAGCGCAAACCCCUCAAGUACCAGGAGCAGUUCCGCCUGACGCACUACCACACCCACACCCGGGAGAAACCGGACGACUACUACUUCCAGCCACCUCAACUGCCUCCGGAUGAGGAGGAGCCUCCGCAGCCAAUCAGCCACAACGAAGUGGAGAAGGUUACCAUGGAAUCCGGGAACAGUCUAUCGGAGAGCAGCAAGGGAGACGGGAGCAGCGGGGGUCAAGGGGAGACGACAAUCAACACGACGACGAGCAAGAAGAGGAAGAGGGCACCACGGAAGAAGACGCCCACGCCUAGUCAGCAAAUUAGGGAGCCAUUUGCCUUCAACACGGGUAUAGGCGCCGGAGGAGGAUUCCAGGAACGUCCCUUCAUGCAGCAACCUCAGAACUACAUGCAAGGACAAUUCCCUUACCAACAGCCACUACCACCAGCAGGACCUUCACGCAUCGACAGACAGAUGACCAUGGGUAACUCCAAAGCAGCUCUGCGUAACAUGCUGGUGGACAGGAAACAUCCAGGAACCCAGGGACACGGCCAGACGCAACCGAGAGAAGAAGCUCUGAACUUUGGGAGUCCUAUUUUGAAGUAUCAUCUGAUGCAGAAACGUCAACAAAUGGCACAGGCCCAGGCCCACUAUAAACAGCAACAACAGCAACAAGCCGCUAGGGGUAAUGUACAAGACAUGUUUAUGCCGCCCUUCAAAGGGCCGCAUGAUGGCCCCAUGCAUCAUAUGCCACCGGGUGCACCACAGCAACAGAUCCCAACGUCGGCCAGCUACGGUGGAUACAACAGCCAAAUGAUGCCACAAGCGCCUCUCCCUAAUGACGCAAUGGUAUCACCCAAUUACAGCAGCCAUUAUAGCUCUCACGGGGCUCAACCAGUAGGCCCAGGGGGGAUGAUGGGCCCACAGAUGGGGAGGCCUCAAUCGGCGCAGAACCAGCCUGCAGGGUAUAUGAGCCAACGCAGACAGGUGCCAGCAGUGAGCCGGCUUCAGCACCAGUUGCAGCAACGCGCCUCAAUGCAACACGGCGUACCACCGGGUAACAUCAUGCCCCACCAGCCCGGUGCCCAGAUAACCGGUACCCAGCCUUACAUGCAACAGAUCAACUCACAGCAGCAGCAGCAGGACCGACAGCGGCAGCUGCUGCAGCAACAGCGACUAGCGGCCAUGCAGAAGCACCAGGGUGGGCAGCAUCAGCAACCGCAGCAUCAGCAGCAACCGCAGCACCACCAGCAGGACCACGAGACAGCCAAUCUGGUGAGUCACUUAAAGAGCCAGAUGACCAGGGGAGGCCCACCAGGAAGUAUGGCACCCCAACCCUUGCAGCCACCACCACCACAAUAUAAUGUAUAUCAACAACAGUAUUAAAGGCCUGGUACUAGACCGUGUGAAACCCGGAACCAUUUCAAACGGCAACAGUGUCCGAAUUGGUGGCUCGUCAUGCAUCACCAUGAGGUUUAGGACAUCCUUAGCAACACCGUUAGCAACAGCCGUAGCCGUAGCCGUAGCUGUAGCCGCCAGCGGAUAUGGCCUUGGAUAAGCCAAUUGAACAGAUAUCUUGAAUGAUUGACCACCAGUUAAAUGAUUACUAUUACCUACGCUUACUGACGAUAUUUUCGCUUUUUGAAAGAUAAGUUUACCCGGGUGUGGCUACUGCCAGGGCCCGCUUUUGGGCCCAGGAACAUUUAUUUCACCCUACUGUCUGGAAUCCAGCACAUGUCCAAAGUGUUUUACACAUCCUUUUUACCUAAUUUGAAAGUAAGAAUAUGAAUUGUUUGUCAUUCAAUGGGUUUUUUUUUCUACACUAGG